UAAAGAUAAAUAAAUAUCUCAGGAGCAGCAGUUGCUUUCCUAUCAGCUGCAGGACAAGAUUUGUGCCAUCAUGUACCGUCUGCUUCCCAUCGUCGUACUCCUCGUCAGUUUGGUGGCACUGUCAUCAGAUGCAGAAGUGGUCAGGUCAUUGACAACAUGCAAAUCAAGCUUUUACAAAGGACAUAUCCCUAAAUAUAUUGCCACAAACAACCAUGUACGCAUUUGUCAGUUGUUAAAUAACAAAUAUCAUUAUGCAACGCUUUUUGAUAAAGAGAAGAGGGUUCCAGUUUAUUCUGCUUAUGUGUUCAAAUCCGACAACAACAGUGAAAGACCACUUUGGUAUUACGAACCCCAGGUCAGCGAUCCCAGUAGUAGCGAGAAAUCUAUGCUGGAGUACAAACCAGGUUCAGGAGUGAAGAAUCAAGCAACUGAUGAGGAUUACCAGGACGCUACAGCUUACAAAUACACCAAAGGACACGUCAACCCUUUCAGUCACAAUUCUGGGGACGGGGCGACUGCCACAUGCACCUACACCAAUGUCGUGCCACAGCUUAGCAACUUCAAUAACGUUAUAUGGAGUGCACAUGAAACCAACCUGGCAAAUAUAUUAAAAGGCAAUUGCAGAGAUCCCAAUACCCCCUAUGUUAUUGUGGGUGCCUAUCCAUCCACUGAUAAAUUCAUUGGCGUGGACAAAAAAGUGAACGUGCCUGAAUUUAUGUGGUCAGCAUUUUGCUGUGCUAAUGAGAAAAAUAAUGGUAUUUUGUCAGGAGCGUACUGGGCGAAGCAUGAGAACAACGGCACAGUUUAUGAAAUUAGUAUGUCAGACCUGGAAAAGAAGCUCACCAAAGAUCCAGUUAAUCCAGUGACCAUCUUUGUGGGUGGAUGUAAGGCUCAAAGUCAGGGAUUCCUUUCUGAAAUGACAGAUGGAUGGGUAGCAGAAGGAAUGUUUGGGAAGAUAUUGGUAGAAUACGUCACUUCGUUAUUGAAAUCAUUGUGGGCGACUUGGUUUGAAUAAUAAAGAUGAAUAACAC